UUAAGAGGGCGGAGAAAAUAAUACAUUAUGCUGCUAAUGGCGGAGGCGGAGGCGGAGGCGGGUACCAGUUGUUAGUCUCUUCUUCUUCUUCUUCACUACCCGACUUUCUUCGCCAUUACAAGACCCAAAAAAAAUAAUAUAAAGACUAGUAGCAAGUCUAGUAUGGCGGCGGCCUUGUCUUUUCCUUGUGCACUUGACACUGCAACCAAACAAUUUCAUCUGCUGUCUUCCGUCUUGUCUGGCAUCAUUGCCUGCAGAAUUGUUUACAAAUUAACAGCUUUUGUUAGCCGUUUGUACUUCAAAGGUUAUGGGAAACUCACUGAUGCGCAGAAAGUUGAAUGGAAUAACCGAGGGUUCUCGACAUUUCAUGCUCUCUUUGUUGCAUCAGCUUCUCUAUACCUCCUGCUGUUAUCGGGUCUUUUUUAUGAGGAUUCUAGAGAUGAAUUAGUUGUUAAUAGAACCUCUACUUUAUCAAACUCCACAUUGGGGAUAUCCAUUGGCUAUUUUCUGUCAGAUCUGGCAAUGAUUCUAUUUCAUUUUCCAGCAUUAGGUGGUAUGGAGUAUCUUUUGCACCAUGGACUAUCCAUGUUCUCCAUAAUCCUCGCCCUCCUAAGUGGUCAAGCACAGAUUUACAUACUAAUGGUUCUCUUUUCUGAGAUCACAACUCCCUUUGUAAAUUUAAGAUGGUAUUUGGACGUUGCUGGUCAGAAGAGCUCUAAAUUGUACAUUUGGAAUGGAGUUUUAUUGUUCAUGGGGUGGCUGGUUGCAAGGAUUCUUUUGUUCAUCUUCUUCUUCAGCCACAUGUUUAUCCAUUUUGAUCAGGUCAAGCAAAUAUUUCCAUUGGGCUUCUAUAGCAUUCUUGUGAUACCUGGGACAUUGGCAGUGAUGAAUGUGUUAUGGUUUUGGAAGAUAGUGAAAGGUUUGAUGAAAACCUUGUCUAAAGCUAGACAUGGUCAGUGACCCAACCCCGCCGUUUGGUUUGUGGUAUGACCACGCAUGCACAUUUAUAGUUGUUAACUCAGCUAGUUAGUGAUGGUUCAACAAUAGCUUUUAAGCCCAGACUUGUGGAGGGUUUGAGGUCUGUGUAUUGUUGCAUACCGUAACAAUAGCUUCCAUUUCAUACUUGGGAGACCUGAGAUUACCCCAUUGUACUGGUUUGAGCUGCAAAGUAGUCCGUUUUGUUUUUCCAUUUGGAUUUGAGUGCCAUAUAGCUGUGGAUUUUUAAAUAUGAAAAAGAGAGAGUAGAGGUGAAGAUUUAGUAACA